UUUAUUAUUGUAUAAUUUCGUGUUCUUCAUAUAAAUUUUUUAGGAAAUAUCAAUCUUCUUCGUUCUUUUAAUUGGUGAAUAACGAUUAAAUUAUUAACAAUUUAAAUUUACCGUUCUUAGCGGUACGUAAGUUUUAUUAUAAACCACCAUUGAUCAAGUCAUAUAUAUAAGACUCAUCGUUUUCGAGAGUUCAUAACCAUUUUAUCUGCUUAGUGCGACAGCUGAAAUUGAUUUCUAUCACUCCAGCAAAUAUGUAUACAAGUUGUGCUUUUGGAAUUUUUGUGUUUUUCUGCGUUUUCGAAAAAACUGCAUCAGCAUCAGUUCCUAUUACAAUCAAUCAAGCUCCCAUCGAACAACCAACAGAUUUACAGCCAAUCAUUGAUGCAUCUCCCGGAUCGAACAGCCUAAAAGAACAUCUAGAAAGCAUUAUAAAACUUGACAAUCCAUUAAAAUCAACAGUUGAAAACCUAAAUCCAAUACUUGCUGGACCAGAUGUACCAAAUGUACCGGAGACAGUAUUGCCAUCAGAGCAGAAUGAAAACUCAGAUUUGAAAACCGAUGCUUCAGGCUAUUAUGGAGGAUAUGGUGGAUAUGGUGGAUACGGUGGAUACCGUUCACCAUAUUAUCAUCAAUACAGCAACCCUUAUUACUCAAAUUAUUGGUCAUAUGGGAAUUAUUACAAUCGUCCAUACUAUAAUCCAUAUGGGUAUUAUCCAGGGCAAUACUACAACCCAUACCGACGUCGAUUCUCCAGCUUUUAUUAUUGAACAUUUUGAUCAUGCGCAGCUGAACGCGAUAUUAUUAUUUGUACUUCACAUGUAUUCCAAAUAAAGUGAGAGAAACAAGACGGUAGUGUCAUAUUUAUUUGAGCGUGAAUUAUUUACACUUGCCUUUAACGCGUAAAUAUU